UAGACAGGAAGCGGUGUAAUCUUCGAAUCGGAAAGCUGAGGUUUCAGGUUGGGUUUGCAGAAACAGAACUAUACUACACCGCCUUUAAGUUAAAUAAAUACUUUAUAACACCGAUUGUAAGAGAGACGGCUAAGUACAAUGUAGACGCGAGAGCGAUAAGGAGAAGGAGAUGGCGGAAGGCGGCAGUUCCUCUGGGAGCGCCUUUAGCGAGUCUGGCGCUGGAGAAACCCAAUCACUGUCUUGUCGUGGGAUGCGCGGCGGUGCCAGUGCAGGUAGGAACCUGAAGGAGUGGCUACAGGAGCAAUUUUGUGACAAACCCCUGGACCAGUGUGAGGACAUGCGUCUGCACGAUGCGGCUUAUGUGGGAGACCUGGACACCGUCAAAAACCUUUUGCAAGAGGACAGCUUCAAACGGCGGAUUAAUGAGAAGUCGGUGUGGUGCUGUGGCUGGCUGCCCUGCACCCCCCUGCGCAUUGCUGCCACGGCUGGCCAUGGGAAUUGCGUCAGCUUUCUGAUUAGAGAGGGUGCUGAGGUGGACCUGGUGGACGUCAAGGGGCAGACCGCACUCUACGUGGCCGUGGUCAAUGGGCAUCUGAGCUGCGUGCGAAUCCUGCUGGAGGCAGGGGCCGACCCCAAUGGCAGCAGACACCACCGCAGCACACCCGUGUACCACGCAGCCCGGGUAGGGAGGGUGGACAUCCUCCAGGAGCUUAUCAGGUUCGGUGCUAAUGUGGAUGUUGACCAGCAGCUGGCUGUGCACCCCCUGCUGCCUAACGCACGGCGCUUCACCUCCCUGGUGGUCUGCCCACUCUACAUUAGUGCCGCCUACCAUCACCUGCACUGCUUCCAGCUGCUCAUGCAGGCUGGGGCCAACCCCGACUACAACUACUGGGGCCCGGUGAGCAGGGAGGCUUUCAGCAGGGGCUCCCCCACCUGUGUGCUGGACGCGGUGCUGAGACACGGCUGUGAGCCUGCCUUUGUCAUGCUGCUGAUUGACUAUGGAGCCAACCUGAACCUGGUCAAGUGGGAGGCCCUGGACCCAGAGACCAUGGGGAGAGUCAAAGUGAACCAUGAUGCACUGCAGCUCUUCAGAGAGGCAAGAGACACUGUCACCUCUUUAGGUUCUCCCAGGACGUUGACAUCACUGUGCCGCAUCACUAUCCGAAGAGUGCUUGGAAAACAGCGGCUGAAAGACAUUCAGAGUCUACCAGUGCCUCACAGAAUCAAGAUCUUCUUGCUCCAUAAAAACCUUUAACGAGUAACUUGCAUGAAGUUUGUGGGAGUUGCACAGAGCCUCUUUGAAUGUUGUUGAUAACGCAGAUACAUUUCUGGGGUGAUUUCAGUAUUUUAUUUUCAGUACCUACGCUAGGUUUACUAAUGUGACUUUUUGGUUUUGAGAUCACUGCAUACUUUCAAGCAGCCUGGAUAUCUGUUAUAAUGUGGAAUUCACUGUGUCGCUAUAUGGAGUUCUACUGAAAUUGUAGAUUCUCGGUAAGGGUGUGUGGUGGGGUAGCGUCACAGCCCAGGUGGUCUUCGCAGGGAGAGAGACUCAGACUCAGAAAGCUGCAAGUUAAAUUGCACUAAUGACACGGACAAAACUAAUUAACAAAGUAAACGGCACAAAGGCAAAAAAAAAAGGUUCUACAAAAACUCACGAAAAUAAACACAGACAGCACGAAACACAGACCUCCACCUCUAUCACCAACAUUCUCUCUAACACCUGUGAACACCUUUUUUGUACACCUGUGGCUAGUGCCGAAUUACUCAUGUAUUCAAUUAUCUGCUCCAGCCACAUUUCCACAUGAUUUUGCACAGAGGAAUUUAACCCUUUCCCUGCCACCCAAUAUUCCCCCCCCACACACACACUUGUGCUGCGGCAGGGCUUAAUAAUAAUAAUGAUACACUAAUGGCACGAUAUGGUACAUAUCACGAUAAGCAGAUUGCAAUACAAUAUGUAUUACAAUACAUGUGGUGGUCCUGAUGCGCUACCUGUGUACUGUACCUUGGCUGUUUAAUCCAUGUACUCAGUGUCGGGUUUACAGUUUGAAUGGUCAAUGAGAGAGUUCUUGAAGGACUGUUCUCUACAGAGCUGAGUGCAGUUGAGUGCGUUAAAAAAAUAUCUAUGUUAGAUGCUGUGCGCUUGCUCAGGCAUGCUUACAAUCCACUGUUGACCCAAGAAAGCUGUGUUUUCUGCAGUUGAGGAGGAGAGUGCUGACAAAUAAGACAGACACUGAUACUCUGACAACACCAGACCAGAUGUCAGAGGAAGAAUUCUCUCAGCUGUGUCACUUUGGCGAUCACGACACUGUGUGAAACAGAUCACUUACACGCUUUUUUGUUGUGAUUAUUGUAUAAGUGAUCGGGAGACAUUUUGAGUGUCAGGUUAAUGUGUGGGAUAUGCUCCAUGCUUAUACCGUCCAUCGCUUUUUGUGGACGUAUCGCGUUAACGCAAACGUGCCCAGUCUAAGCGGUGGCAACUGUACCAUGUAAAGAAAGAAUCACUUUUCAUCGAUACGCAAUGAAUUGUUAUACCCCAAGCUCUCUGUGGGAAGAAAAUCCUAGCUACAGGACUAAUCACAGGAUCUUCUUAUGUGCACCCAUGAACAAGACAAGGCUGUUGCAUUACAUGCUUCAUCCAGAUUACAACAGUAUAGAGGUUGGGCCCAGUCACUCCCAUUCUGCCUCAGGCCAAGCAGAAACAUGGUUUAAUUUCAGUGACCAAGACCAGUCCUAUCAAAGCAGUUAGCAUAAGAAAGGGUAGAUCAUCAGCCUACUAGAGCCUGCACUAACCCCACCUGACUAGCCAGUCAGGUGGGAGAAUGGUCACAGCCCUUGGAGUUUUAGAUGGGCUACCUCAGUUGCUCACUGCUGCAUUAUGAGCUGCUAAAAGGUCAUUGAGUCCUUCCCCCAAAGAGGAGAAGUAGUAGGCUGAGACUUUAAAGAGAGGGGAAGCAAAGCUGGAAGAGGAAUGGCGUCACAAUUCGGUUUAAAUAAUGAAGGACCAGGCCAUUUGUGCUAGAGACAGGGCUAGAAACUUGGUCCUCUACGUACCUUCCUGGCACCUGGUUAUUUCAAUAAUAAACCUAAACAAGGUAAUUUUGUAAACCUGAACUGGGUGCAGUAGUGUGAGUUUCCUACCCUCCCUUAUUUAACAUCAGCAAGCUUCUAUUUAUUGGGAACUGUCUGCCUGAACUUUAUUAAACUUUGCUUGAAUGUUGUUGUUCCUCGUAUUAUUAUGUAGGUCGGGUCUAUGACAAUUUAUCACCAACAAUUCAUCACAAACAGUUUAUCACCAAUUCAUCACGAGCAGUUCAUCACCAGCAACCAUUCAUCACAGAGUGUACAUUAUCAUAUCACAGAUGUUUAAAACGCUUUAGGUGAAAAUGACCGUUGUGACGCUUAGAGGUAAUUCGAAAUCUCGGCACUUCUAGUGUUAACAUAAAAGGUUUGAAAAGCAAACUUGUUAUUUUUAUUUUGGUUUUUUGCUUGUUUGUUUGUUAGUUGGGUGGUCACG